AUAUUAACUUGGAUGUCCAAUAUACUAUAAACGAAUAUGACUUUAUUUACUAAAAACGACGAAGAAUUUCCCAGGUUUGUGGUUUUCUCACUUCCAUAGUGGAAAGAAGAGAUGUAUGUAUAAAACUAAUAUUGAGGCAUAGCAUCUGAUAUAAACUUAAGGAGAAAAUUGUUUGUCUAAUUCAGCUUCUACUUUCUUUGCUUAAUUAAGUAUUAGUAUUAACAUUAACAGAAGAAACUUUUGCUUAAGUUAAUGGUAACAAUUAAGCUGUUGUGAAAUAGUUAUUUUUAUCUUUGAAUAGAAUAAACUGUGUCAGUUGACUUUUUCCACCAGAGGCUGGAGACUAAAGAUUUCUUUAAAGAUAAAGUAUUCAAAAGUGUUAUUCAAUAAGUGAUAGUAAAAAGAGAUACAAAACGUAUUUAAAUAACAUUGAUUUUACUUGAAAUUUAGCAAUUUCUUUACAAAGGCACGAAUUUUAUAUGAACCCAACUCAUUUUAUUUAACAAUCAGUGUAUUUAUAAUAGUGUAAGGUCUGAGCUAAUAAACGCAAUUCGUUAAGUCUCAACUGUAUUGUACGCAGAAACAAACUGCAAUCAAACCUUAACCGAAUUGCGAAGCCUGCAUAUAAAAAAGCUUACGGAUCUCUUAUUGAUUUUUCCGGCUUAUCUGACAAACAGGCAAGAGGAGAAUACAAUGCCGAGUAUCGUUAGACAAGACUCACAAUCGAAUGGAAAUGCUGCGGGAGCUACCCAAGAUUCAGCUCAUCCAGAAACACUAACACUACCAGCAAUUACGUAUGAUGAGGUGGAAGGUAGCCAAAGCCAACCACAGUCACCUGUUAGCCAAAAGAUGGCGAAUCAUUCGUUACGUGGUGCCACCUCGGUGGGUGAAAUUUCAAUUGAUACAAUGAUAACACCUGCGGAUACGUUGAUGCCUGCUAGGCCUUAUCAAUUGAGGGAAAGCACAUUAACUGUUAAUUAUCCUGAUUGUGGAGAAUCUAAAGCAAAAAAAGAAGAAAAUGAAGAUAGCGACGAUAGCGACGUCAGGGAGGAGAAAAAGCGUUAUAUUUCAAAAACGAGUGGUGUAAUUAAUAAUGGUUAUGCAGCUUCAACUAACAGCGUAGCAACGUUGGCAGUGAACGCUCAUAGUUUGGGCGAAAGCAUGCUUACUGUAAAUUAUACAGAUAUCCCAGGUAUUCACAAUUUUGUUGUAGUACAUUUAAGAAAGGACACUUUAGAUUAUUAA